ACCAAAGUAAAUCAACACCUAACAACCUCUAAAGCCUAGUAAAUAUCUUCUCUCUUCAGUUCGACAGAAAUUUUUCCAUUUCGAAGUAGUUUUGUGCUGUUAUUCUAAUUAAAAAUAAUUUGCUGCUUUUAUUGUGUGUACAAUUGGAUGGAUAUUGUGACUAAAUCUGCGCUCUGCUUUACCUUCAUGGAGUUUUUGUUAGAUAGCAGCGAAUAUUGCCAAGCUCAACACAAAUAAAGAGAGAGAGCGAUACUUUAAUACGCCAUAUCACCAAGUGGUGUAAAAUUCGAGCGCCGCGACAUCAUCUGGUGAUCGAGUUCGGAAGACGACGUGUUCCUGAGAGAAAGAAAGAGAGCAAGUGUACGUUUGCGAAAGAGUGCAAAUUUUCUAGUUGAAUGGUUCAGCGGCGGCUAUCACGAAUAACAUCGUAGCGAUUAUAAAAUUUCGAAUACGAUUCCGCUGCUGACUUCCGGCUCAUCAGGGUGAUCAGUCGGCGCAUGUAUUGGACUUAAAAAGUAGUUAGGCAUUACAAAUUAUCGUACUAAUUUUUUUUUCUUUUCUUUUUUUUGUUCUUUUUGUUUGUCGUCUUUGUUGAUGUACAAAACUAGUUGAAUAAGUCGUUUUUACUAUUUUUUUCCUAUUGUUAUAAGGGCUUUUCCUUCGUUCGUAUCUUCUUUUUUCCUUUCUUCGAGAUCGAUAUAGAUUAACGAUCUUCGUACGUUUGUGUUAUUCUCUCUUCCUCUCUCGUAUAUCCUUUGUUUUUAUAUAAUUUUAAUUUAAUGACAAGUCCUACCAAAAUGAGUAAUCAUUCGGUUAUUCGCCCGAAGGAUAUACGACCAGCUCCGGCCGAGAUUGAAUAUAAAAAUUUGAAAUUUUUAAUAACGGAUAGACCAUCGGAUCAAACUGUUCAGUAUUAUGUAACUGAAUUAAAAAAGCACAAUGUUAAUUAUGUUGUACGCGUUUGCGAACCAACGUAUAGCGUCGAAGAAUUGAAGAAAGAAGGUAUUAACGUUUUUGAUCUCGCAUACGACGACGGUACAUCACCCCCAAAUGAAGUUAUUGACGAAUGGUUUGAAAUAUUAAAGAAAAGAUCCAAAGAAAAUCCCGAAGCGUGUAUCGCAGUUCAUUGUGUUGCUGGCUUGGGACGAGCGCCGGUUUUGGUAGCUUUAGCAUUAAUUGAACUUGGAAUGAAAUACGAAGAUGCUGUCGAAUUGAUAAGACAGAAAAGGCGCGGUGCAAUUAACUCUAAACAACUCGCUUUCCUAGAGAAAUACCGACCGAAAUCACGAUUAAAAAUGAAAAACGGACAUAAAAAUUCGUGCUGCGUGCAAUAAAUAAUUUAUUUGACUGCGUUAAAGAAUUACUUUUUUUUCGAAUUAAAUUAUAUAACAUUAAAUUAAUUAUAUUUAUUUAGCUGCAAUAAGUAUUAAUAGAUAUAUUGAAUUCUCUUUUAAAAACAAACAAAACAAAAAAAAUGUAUUUAUAAUUAUUUAAUGUGUACUUAGCUUAUUUAAAGAUUAAUGUAGGCUCUCUUUUCCUCUUUGAAAGAAAUUUUUUUCCUAGUUUAAUACGUCGUGUGUUGAAUCGUUCCCACUGAAUAUGUAAUAAAAUCGUUUUUAUUUUGGCUAUAUAUCUACCUACGUGUAUGUUGUAGUUGGUUUCGUUGAAUUUUUCUCUUUCGUUUCUCGUUUUGUUUUGUUUUUUUCGUUACAUUCAAGAAUAUAAAAACUGUGUUCUAUAUGAAAUAUAUACCAAAAAAUAAAAAAUAAAUAAGUUUACUCCGGAACUUCCAUUUUUCAUAAUUUUACAGAAUUUUAUCUAAUAACUUUUUUUAUAUUCAUUUCCCCCGUCGAUCCGUUUUAACAAUCGUCAAUUUUUGUUUCCAUUUAUACUCAUUUGAAAUGUUUAUAUAUUUUAUAUACUUACGGUGAUUCUUUUUUUUUUUUUUGUUAUAUUUUAUUUAUAUAUUUCAUAUGUGUGUAUCUUUGAAACGUUUCAGUAUUUCAUAUUACGAAAAGGCAGGCUGGGUUUUCUACAUUACAUAUUAGAGCAAUUCAAUGGUGCCGCGCCUACAUAAAAUUAUUACCGGUAACGUAGAUAGCAUAAAUAUUAGCGCGAGGUAAAUUUUUAUAAAGCUGCCAUUACGGGCACUGAAAAUUUUUCCAAGCCAUUCACUGUAUGUAUUAUGCUUCGUGUGCAUCUAGACACGAGAUACUAAACGUAAUUUUGUAAAUAAUCAUAUCGCGUGUGGAGUAUGGAGUAAUCCGGAGAAUAUUUUUUUCUUUAUUUAGUGCGAACGAUAUACCUUAAAUAUUACGUGAGCGCGUUUAUAAAUUAUACGAUUAUGUUGAUGACGAUGACGAUGAAGCGCUUGUAAUAACCAAAAUAUACAUAUUUUUUUUUCGUUUCGACGUUAAAUUCUAUAAAUCUUUAUCGGAUUGUAUGUAUCAGUUUUUCCUAGAGAAAAGUUACUUACCUGUACCUACGGAAUAUUUAUUCACGAAUGGAGACUCGUGUAGUAUUAUUUUGUAACUUGCGGCCUUAGAAACUUACUUAGCGCUCUUCGACGAAACAUCCGUUUGAUUUUGGUGAUCGAGUAACGAUUUUUUUUUGUUUUUUUAAAUAAACCGAUUUUUAAAAAAUGAACAAUACGUAUGCUUAAAUGUACAUCAGUUACCAGGUAUUAGAGUAAAAGCGUUUUUGUAUAUAUUUAUUUUUUGUACGAUACCUUUUUCCAUUUUCAUCGCGUAACGUGUGGAAAAACGUAUUGAAAAAACUUAACUAUUAGUUUGUAUUUGUCUUCCGUAUUUGGAAAUCUAUUAAGACGUGAUGUUAUAACGCGUAUUAGACAAUGUCGGAUAAUGCACAAGCGGUAUAUUUACAAUUAUUAAGAUCUGGUCAUUAAUCUCAUUGGAAUUAUAUAAAAAUUUAGGCUGUUUAUUUUCUUUUUUUUCAACUUGAUGUAACACGCUUGUUAUUUGCUAGCUUGUUAUUUUAAUUUAUGUUGUGAAAAUAUCAAAAUAUAAAGUAUCACUUUUCA